GGGUGAGUCUGUGGAGAGCAGAUUUACAAUCUCCUACUGAAUCGAAUAAUCAAUUUUUUCGAUGGAUUUUGUGUUUUUGUUUUAUUAGAUGGGUUAUAUAAUUCUAUGAUUUGUUUAUCGAUUAUUCUUUCAUGUUUAAGUAUGGAUGCAAUCUUUCAUUAUCGAAGCAUUUUGAUCACAUCGAGGCUGAAUUGUAUUCAUGGAAUUGUUGCGUGAUCUGCGUUCCAUAAAAUUCAUAAUAUAGUCAAACACCAGAGAGAGGAGCCCAAUCUUUAUGAUUGCGCAUGCGUCUAAGUUGACAUAGUUGGUUGUCAAUGAAACGAGUGAAUUAAUCCUUGCCGCGUGUUGAUAUCAAACGAGAAUCAAAAUUAUUGGACGCUUCGCAAAUUUUAAGUUCUUGCUUAUAAAAAUAUAAAACAUCUGUAAGGGUAAAAGGUAUCCUCGUGAGACAACAUGGAUGUCUACGAUAGCGACAUUAAAAUGGAUAAGAGGAUGCCAAAAGUACUGAGGGAUAACGAGGGCAAGUAAAUAGCUACAGAUGCCUAUUAUUAAAUCGAGGUGUUCUUUUAUGCACCACCGAAGUAUCAAAGAUUCCUAACCUGUUGACAAUUAUUCACUGUAACAUCUACGAUGUCUUAUUUUAAAGCGAUUCUAACGCGCGUAAUUUUUGCCUUGCAUAGCUUAUUUGCUAUUUACAUCCUGACGAUUGUAACGUCGGACACCACAUACUGGGGACUCAGUAUUGCGGUUAUCCCCCUAUUGUUAGAAGCAGUCAUCACUCUUACAAGAAGAAAAGGGAAAGAAUUAAAAUGGAUUUGUCCAAGUGUGUUUCUCUACUUACUGGCAGUGGUUCCGUCGGUGUGGAUCAUGGAAGGGGUACUGUUAGAGAAUAGGCAGAACGAGUACAACAACAUUAGCCUUCAUUUCAAAUAUGAAUUGAAUAGUUCGAUACCGUUAUUGCAGCAAAUACAAACGGCGACUGAAGACUUACCCAAGUCUGACAAACAAACACAGUUAGUUUUAGCAGUUGAACAAUUUCUUCCGUUUGUACUUAUCAUUGGUCGGUGGAUUAUGCCUGCUGGUGCCCUAUCACGUGACAAGCUUUCUCAAUUGCUAUUAGUGUAUAUAGGACUUGCUGCUGAUAUUAUUGAAUUUCUUGAGACUUAUAAAGAAGAUCCGGUAAAGUUUAACGGGCAAUUAAUUUAUGCAGUUUUAACGCUGUGGACAUGGAGUUUACUACAGUUUGUAUUUGUAAUUACGAUGACGCGAGACGCACAGGACGCCAUUGAUAGUAUUGAAGAAGAAGAGAGCAGAAGCAAAACCCGAAGAAAAUUGGGCGCCAAAGAAAAGACAUGCAUUGAAAAAUGUUGCUGUUAUGGCGAAACUGAUACAUACAUUGAUCCAAACAUGAAUUUAGGAGAAGUUUCUGGAUUGAUUAUCCCACAGAGAAUGGAGGACAUUGAAGUUGAGGACACCGAACCGAAAUGCCAGUGUCUAGAAUCAGAAGUCUGGGGAAUCAUGUUGACCCUUUGUUUGCAAGAUGUCCCCUUCCUUGUACUUCGCAUGGUCCUCAUCAUUCAUUUUCAUGUUUUCAGCAGAACUAAUAUUUUUUACUCUUUUAAGAACGCUCUUAUGCUAUCGUUGCAGAUUUAUAGGUUAUCAUCAUUGUACCACGAAAGCAAACAAACUUUAAAGCCAGAGUAUGAAAAGGAAAGAGAGGGAUUAAAGAAUUCCUGAACAAAAGUGACAUGAUGGUAGAAAUAUUAUGAAACAGCCAACUAUGGUGGGGCUGAGGUGGUAGACCCUUCUUUUGUGAAAGUCCCUUCCUGGGCCCCACUCUAUUAUGAAUUCCUGGAUCCGCCACCAGGAAAAAAAACCCUUUUAGCAAAAAGAUUUUGAAGUUUGAAAAUAAUUUCUAUCAUUAAAUAUCUUAAAUGUG